AUGUUCCCAACGUUAUGCUUCAGGAAUCAUUCUAGGAAGUUUUCGACGUCGCUUACACGCUGGAUCAAUUGUAACUCAUGUGGUAUCGAGUUACAGAAGAAGGAUCCAUGUCAGGUUGGAUAUUAUCAAGAACCUAAAACGGCGAAGAGACCCCACAUUAAAAGUAUAGAAGAUUUGAAAUACUUGCUAUUUAGUCAAGAUAUCCAAAAAUUAAAAGAAGACGAGAAAGAGGUAAUCGAAUCUAAGGGAGCUAAUAACUCUCAUCUACCACAUAAUCCGCUAUUCUGCAAACGUUGUGUAGAUGCUCUCCAUCAAAAUAAGUACGAGAUGAAGGACUUCCAAAGAAUGUCUUUUUUUGAUGUAGUUGAAAAUAUACCUAGAGAAAGUAAUGUUCUACAUUGUGUACCCUUCCCUGAAUUCCCAUUCCAUCUAGACAAAGGCAUCCUAUCUAACAAACAUUACACUACCUCUUUACUUUUAACAAAAAGUGAUCAAUUAAUACGACACAAAUCCACAUUGAACAAAGAUGUACAGCAUUUCCUUAAAGACUUCACUCACCAUUAUAUGUCUGUCAAAACAAACAAAGCGAUAGCAGUAUCAGCAUUGAAGAAUUGGAAUAUGGACGUCUUAUAUACCAAUUUGAAAAAGAACUCAUAUUUCCUCGGUGCAACAAAUGCAGGGAAAUCAACUCUUAUAAAUUCACUGCUUCGAAAGUAUCUGGGAUACAAAGUGAACAUAGAUAAAAAGGGGAACAUUAUUCACCCCGAGUUCCCUCCUGAUUUGCAAAAAAAUAUCAAAAAAUUCCAGAAACUUCAAUCAGCAGGGGUUUCUUAUAUUCCUAAUAUGACUAGGAAAGCACAGCCUUACCAAAUUGGUGACAAAUUAAUUUUUGAUUUACCAGGAUAUACUGCCAAUGUAAACGAAGUGCUUUUGGAAGAUAUCAUUGAAAAGGAUUGGUUGGAAUUGAUCAGGAAAACAGAAUUAUUUACUGACCGAUAUGUAAAAUCACAAUCAUACAAAUCUAUAAAGGGAUCGAAAAAUGGUGCUUGCUAUACACUCGGUGGUAUUUUCUUCAUAGUCCCCCCUGAAGGCACGAUUAAUCAGAUUGUCAAAUAUAUUCCCGGUAAACCAUCUACAUUCAGAAAUGUUUCCAAAGCUUUAGAAGUAUUUUCUAAUGUUCAUUCUGGAAACGGAACGGAAACAAAACAUCCCUGGGAACAGUAUUGUGGUAUAACCCAAGAUUUUUGCGAUAUAAAUAAAUUUGAAAGACAUGUUUUACCACCAUUUCAAGGCAGUAUCGAAAUUGUAUUAAAGGAUAUAGGUUAUAUUCUUUUAAGAACCACAGGAACAUAUGAAUUCAAAGGGUUACAUGAACUUUGGGUUCCUAAAGGUAUAGAAGUUUGUAUUAGAAAACCGUUAUUGCAACUUAUCAAAAACAAUUAUUCUACAAAUGAUUCCAAAGUAAGUUACCUUUCAUCAAGGAACGAUCCUAUAGUUAGUAAAACUUAUGUUAUGGAUCACGAUGAGAAAGAUACGCUGUUGAAAAUGCAAGAAAUAUUUAAAAGCAGCAGUGAAAAGGGAAAAGUUUCUAGGAAGUAUAUACACGAAGAUCCAAAAAUAUUGUUAAAUUCAGAGAAUCCAAAAUGUCUCUUCUGGUAUUUUGAUUUUUAA